CAGGGCCAUUUCCAGCGCGCCGGACGUGACCGGGCGCCCAGUGCCUCACGCGGCGCUCACCACGCCUGCGACAGGACGAACUGCCCGCGCCACGAAACAGAAAAGGCAUCACGCGCACGCCGACGCCGCCGACGCGCGGCACCGCGCUGACGCGAGCGCCGGCCCGAUCGCGCGACCGGCUCGGCCCCCACCGCCCCACGCGCCCCACCCUUCAGAUCCCGAUCCCAAAUUCCCUUCCAUUUCGGCACCACCACCCCGCCCCGCCAUCGCCAUGGCGGACUGCCGCAGCCUCAUCGAGUUCCUCCGCGCCUUCGAGCAGCACCGCCGCAGGGCCUCCUCAUCGGACCCUUCCUCCCCGCGCCCCCGCCGCGCGUCGCUCUCCUCCUCGUCGUCGCGGCCGCGGGGCCGGGGCCGGCUCUUCCCCGCCCUCUGCGACCACUCCCCGCUGGCCGUCGUCGACGCGCUCGCGCUCCUCGCGUCGCUCGCCGCGCUCGCCUUCCUCGCCGCGCCCUACGCGCGGCUGCUGGCCGCCGAGGCGCGGGACGCGGUGGCCGCGGCGACGACGCGGCACCCGGCGGCGCCCUGCGUGCCGCUCGCCGCGGGCGUCGCGGCGGGGGCCGCCGUGCUGGCGUGGGACGCCGCGGCGCACCGCGCGCGCAGGUGCGGCAGGCCGCGGUGCCGCGGCCUGCGCAAGGCCGUCGAGUACGACAUCCAGCUCGAGACGGAGGAGUGCGUGCGCGGCCUGCCGCACGCCGGGGGAGGUGUGGCCGCGGCCGCGGCUGCGCGCCCGGCGUCGGAGAUCGGGGACGACCACCGGGAGCUCGAGGCGGUGCUCAGGAAGAUGGCGCCGCCCAACGGCCGCACCGUGCUCAUCUUCCGCGCGCCGUGCGGCUGCCCAAAGGAGAGGAUGGAGGUCUGGGGCGCUAAGAAGGUGCGCCGGAUCAAGAAGUAGGGAGGCUAACCGAAGGCUCUUCUCUCCUCCUACCAUGGCGAGAAAUAAUGAGCGAAUCAUUACCGUGGCUGCUCCAUCGCAAAUGAUUACAGUUUCUACAUACAUAAUACUAUUACAGUUCCCUGCUGUCGUAGUAAGUAUAAUGCGCAUAAGGAGAGGAAUAAAGGGGAGGUAGAUACAAUGUCAUCAGCGACCAUUCCUUGGAUUAUGACAAUAAGUGGCUGUUGCCUGUUCGUAUAUAAAUAAGUGCAGCAGAGACAGAUCCUUUUUGGUUACUUGGAAACUCGUUUAUGCCAUCUGAAUUACCAUAUCUUUUUAAUUAAUAUAUGCUGGUUUUAUUCUGUGUUA